CCGAUAACCCCACCACCAGUGGGGCAAAACGUCAACGACGCUUUUUGGGCACGAAAACAGUCCGCGUCCCUGCAGCCAAUGGGGAUACGCUGGUGAAGUCACCGACCCAAUAAGAGCCCUCCACGUGGGAACGUCGACGUAGCUUCGCGCUUGAAGCCUCGGGACAAAAGCUUCGCCGUUUGGCCGUUGAAGUGUGUAGUUAGUGGUAAACAUUUUUCGCGAGUUAACCCUUCUCCGAGCUUCGAUCCUGGGUUAAUUCCUGUCGCUACCGGUCCUCUGAUACUUCCGCAGCAGAAAGAUCGCGGAGAGGAUCACCGGAUCUUCGGUGUCCGGCGGCGGCAGAAUGGAGGCACACGGCGCCGGGUUACGCCGCGUGAUUCUGUUGGCGUUCUGCAUCGCCGGGAUCUGGGCGGCUUACAUAUACCAAGGAGUGCUUCAGGAGACUCUGUCCACCAAGCGCUUUGGUCCCGAUGGGGAGCGGUUUGAGCAUCUGGCGUUUCUUAAUCUGGCACAGAGUGUGGUCUGCUUGAUUUGGUCUUUCAUGAUGAUAAAGAUGUGGUCUAGUAGCAGCGGUGGUGGUGCGCCCUGGUGGUCAUACUGGAGCGCUGGCAUUACCAAUACGAUUGGCCCAGCUAUGGGAAUUGAAGCAUUGAAGUACAUCAGUUAUCCAGCUCAGGCAAGUUCUUUCUGCUCUCUAAAAGUUUAUGCAUUUUCCUAUGAUUGGAAUUUGGAAAUGUGCUACUUGGGUAGAACAUAGAAAGAAUGAGAAGCUCUUCUAGCACGCUGUUGGAACUGCCUUGUGAUGGAUCCUUUACGGCUGCUGCGUUUGGCUCUGUACAAUACAGUUUAGGAAGAAAAAAAAAGCUGAAGUGGCCUAAGUUAAUGGUUUCACAACCAUUGUUUUGCAGUCUAGUCCUCUUUAUGGGUUUCAAUUACUUGGUUAUUAUGAAGGCUACAUCAAUUUCAUGGUCCUAGGAAUGGCUUUUGCGUAGUCUUUUUCAGGAAAUGUUGCCUUCAAACUUUGUUUCGCCUUGUGAUGAUGGUCAUCGUUAUUGCAGGUUCUUGCAAAAUCAUCAAAAAUGAUUCCAGUUAUGUUCAUGGGGAGUCUAGUAUACGGCAUAAGAUACACACUUCCAGAGUACUUGUGUUCUUUCCUCGUUGCUGGAGGUGUAUCUACAUUUGCACUUUUGAAGACUAGCUCAAAGACCAUUAGCAAGCUGGCUCAUCCAAAUGCACCUCUUGGGUAUGGACUUUGCUUCUUGAACCUUGCAUUUGAUGGAUUCACAAAUGCGACGCAGGAUUCGCUUACAGCAAGGUAUCCAAAGACCACCGCAUGGGACAUAAUGUUGGGGAUGAACUUGUGGGGUACCAUCUACAACAUGGUCUACAUGUUUGGUUGGCCAUACGGCAUGGGGUAUGACGCAGUCCAGUUCUGCAAGCAGCACCCAGAGGCCGCAUGGGAUAUCUUGUACUACUGCCUGUGUGGUGCAGUGGGCCAGAACUUCAUCUUUCUAACGAUAAGCCGAUUCGGAUCACUCGCUAACACCACCAUCACGACUACUCGCAAGUUCGUGAGCAUCGUGGUUUCGUCCGUACUAAGUGGCAACCCUCUUUCGACGAAGCAAUGGGGGUCGGUGGCCAUGGUUUUCUCUGGUCUGUCGUACCAGAUCUUUCUCAAGUGGAGGAAGUUGCAGAAAGUUCAGAAGAAGAGAAAGAACAAUUGAAGCAGUUAGAAUUCUACAGUUUUGGAGAUCCACCUUCUUUUCUUUCCAAUUUCUUCUACCUUUUGUCAUCACUGCCCUGUUACAUUAUCAGUGUUAGUCUAGUGACCGGGUUUGGUGUGAAGUGUAGAACCACAACUAGAUUACGGCCAAGUGUAACUGAAAUUGAAUACAUCUCAUUGAUACAGAGAAUUGAAGUUCUGAUAGCCUGUCGGUAAUGGUUUUGUUACGAGGAAGAAGGCACUACAAUGACUAUUCAAGUGCAGAUCAGGCCU